AUGGUUCACAGUGACUUUGACAUGAUGAACGCCCGUCUGAUCCUAGAGGACGGUACUGUAUUCACUGGUCAUUCCUUUGGCGCCACCCAGUCCACCGUGGGAGAGCUGGUGUUCCAGACUGGAAUGGUAGGCUACAUCGAGUCGCUGUCUGAUCCGUCUUAUGCCAAGCAAUUCCUGACCUUAACCUACCCACUGAUCGGCAACUACGGAGUGUCUGACAUUACUCUCAAGGACAAGUUUGGGCUUCCCAAAGGCUUCGAAAGCAGUAAAAUAUGGCCGGCGGCACUGAUUGUGGACAGAAUAUGUCCAGACAACGAACAUUCACAUUACCUGGCUGUCAGGAGUCUGAGCGACUGGCUACGCGACAAUGGAGUUCCAGGAUUGAGUGGUAUUGAUGUGAGGGAGUUGACGAAGAAGGUACGAGAGCAAGGGUCGAUGAAGGCCAAGUUGAUCAUCGAGACGGACGAUGAGAACAAGUUCGAGUUUGUCGACAUCAACAAGGACAAUCUGGUCGCUGAAGUCACGAGAAAGGUAAGAAAUAAGGCAGAAUUACUUUUAUAAAAAUUAUUUUCCUAAAACGCAUAAUUAUGGUUUAGUAGGUGUUUCUUUAAUUAAAUUUUAAAAUUUCAGUCCGCUGAGACUUUUGGCAAUGGAAAGGUAAAGGUAUUGGCCGUGGAUUGUGGCCUCAAGAACAAUCAGAUCAGAUGUUUGGCCGAGAGAGAUUGCACAGUCAAGGUGGUACCUUACAAUCAUCCAAUCGAGAAAGAAAUUGGUCAGUUUAACAUUUUUUAAUAUUGUUAUAUUAAAAAAAAUUAAUCUUAAUAUAAGAGAAGUAUGUUGUUAUUGUUAAAGGUCUGCUGAAUAUUAACUUUGGCUGCUGUUUAUUUUGUUAUUCUAGUAGUUAUGAAUUGUAAACUGUAAAAGUUACUAUUAGGUUGUUCACAUAGUUCUGCACCUUCUUGCCCCGCAAAUUUGCUUUGAGAGAGGACGCAGGAUUAAGUGAACAACCUAAUAAAAAGUACUUUUUUAAUAAAAAAAAAUGUUGCAAAGUGGCAGUUUCAGAUGACUUUGACGCUUUGUUUUUGUCCAACGGUCCAGGAGAUCCCUCAAUGUGUUCAGAAGUCAUCCAGAACUUGGCCAAGAUCAUCCAGAAACCCAACCCAAAGCCAGUUUUUGGCAUUUGUCUAGGCCAUCAGUUGUUGGCCAAGGCUGCUGGAGCCACAACAUACAAGUUGAAGUACGGUAACCGUGGACACAACCAGCCGUGUGUUCAUUCUGAUACCAAACGGUGCUACAUCACUUCCCAGAAUCAUGGAUUCGCUGUAGAUGAACACAGUCUGAAUCCACAGGAAUGGAUGCCAUUGUUCACUAACGCUAAUGACAAGACUAACGAGGGUAUUGUGCAUCUGGACAAGCCUUUCUUCAGGUAUGUUAUAGCUGUGCAGCGUUAUUUUACUACCUUACAUUUCGAUUAUACACUUUAUAUUACUAUUUUACUAACCUAUAAUCUAACCUAUAUUACUUUAGUGUCCAGUUCCAUCCUGAGCAUGCAGCUGGCCCAACCGACAUGGAGCUUCUGUUCGACGUCUUUGUGGCUACAGCUCAGGCUUACAAGAACGGUGAGAGGAUCAAAGUGCGACAAGCCAUUACUCAAAAACUACAGUUCGACUCUAACUACGAUCCAGGACAACAGCAGAAGAUCUUGGUCCUCGGCUCCGGAGGUCUGUCCAUCGGCCAAGCUGGUGAAUUCGAUUAUUCUGGAGCCCAAGCCAUCAAAGCUCUGAAGGAGGAGGGCAUUCGUACUGUACUGGUUAAUCCGAAUGUUGCUACAGUACAAACAUCAAAGGGAUUCGCCGACAGAACAUACUUUGUGCCAAUUACCAAGGAGUAUGUGACUGAUGUCAUCAAACAAGAACGGCCAACCGGACUGUUCUGUACUUUUGGUGGUCAAACAGCUUUGAACUGUGCUGUCGAUCUGUUCAGAGAUGGUAUCUUGGAUCAGUACAAUGUCAAGGUGUUGGGCACGAGAAUUCAGACGAUCAUUGACACUGAAGACAGAGAGAUCUUCAACAAGAACGUGGAGAGUAUCGGGGAGAAGGUGGCCCCAAGUAGAGCUGCCACCAGCAUCGACGGAGCGAUUGCUGCCGCUGAAGAGGUAGGAUUUGAUUUUAAUAUAUUGUAUAUGCAAGUGUAUAUAAGUAAUGCAAUUAAUCAAAAGAGGAUAAAGACUGAUAUUUUUUGUAAAUUUAUGUUUAUACUGUUAAAGUGACGUAACGUAAUAUAAUUUACUUGCAGGUGGGAUACCCAGUCUUAGUACGAGCUGCCUUUGCCCUUGGCGGCCUUGGAUCCGGCUUUGCUGAUAACAAAGAACAACUGAUCAAGAUCACCAAGCAAGCCUUGGCCCAUUCCAAUCAAGUACUGGUCGAUAAGUCGUUGAAAGGAUGGAAAGAGGUUGAGUACGAAGUUGUCAGAGAUGCAUACGACAACUGUGUUACCGUAUGUAACAUGGAGAACGUGGAUCCAUUGGGGAUUCACACUGGAGAAUCUGUAGUUGUAGCUCCAAGUCAAACUUUGACUGACGAGGAGUAUAACAGACUAAGACAGACUGCUAUCAAGGUGAUCAGACACUUUGGUAUCAUCGGAGAGUGCAACAUACAGUAUGCUCUUAAUCCAAACAAUUUGGAAGUAAGUGAUUGUUUAGGUAUUAGGAUGUGUAUUGUACUUAAAAAUGCUAGUUUCUAUUUUAUUACAAAGUCACAAUUUAAGGUGUUUCUAAGAUAAACUCAUUUUUUUCAGUACUACAUUAUCGAAGUCAACGCCAGACUCUCCAGAUCUUCAGCCCUGGCUUCGAAGGCUACUGGCUAUCCUUUGGCCUACAUUGCGGCCAAACUGGCCCUUGGCAAAGCUCUGCCAGAACUCAGAAACAGUGUAACUGGAGAAACGACCGCUUGUUUCGAGCCUUCCCUCGACUACUGUGUGGUAAAGAUACCACGAUGGGAUCUAUCCAAGUUCGCUAGAGUGUCAACCAACAUUGGUUCGUCGAUGAAGUCGGUCGGUGAAGUCAUGGGAAUCGGUCGAAACUUCGAAGAAGCCUUCCAGAAGGCCCUUCGGAUGGUUAACGACUCGUAUUCUGGCUUCUCACCCUUCUACUGGAAAGGAAACACCAAGGAAUCUGAGUUUGUGAAUCCGACUGAUAAGAGAAUGAUGGCAUUGGCCAAGGCUUUGUUCACCGAUGACAUCAUGGAAGGCUACAAGGGCGAGCUGAACACCGUGCAUCGGCUACAUGAACUUACGAACAUUGAUCUUUGGUUCUUGUACAGAAUGAAUCACAUCAUCGACAUCUACAAACAGCUACGGGAGCUGGGUUCUUUCGAAGAACAACAUACUUUAGAUCAGAUCAGAGAAGCCAAGAAGUCCGGGUUCAGCGACGCUCAGAUCGAAGAAGCAGUUGAAGGGUGUGCUAAAGGAAGAGUGAGGAAGUUCAGAAAGGAGAACAACAUCAUCCCUUGUGUCAAACAGAUUGAUACUGUCGCUGGAGAAUGGCCUGCGGCUACGAAUUACUUGUAUCUCACUUACAAUGGCAACGAAUCUGAUGUUGUGUUUGAUCACAAUGAGGUAAGUACUAUAUUAUGCCAUCUCUUGUAAUUAAAGUUACUGUGAGUCUUGUAUAAUAUAAAUAUAAAAUUUAAAAUUCAGAAGCCGGACAAGAAGAACGUUCUAGUCCUCGGAAGUGGAGUCUACAGAAUCGGAUCGUCGGUCGAAUUCGACGCUUGUUGUGUCGGUUGUGUAUCAGAACUGAAAAAGAUGGGUCAUCAGACCAUCAUGGUCAACUGUAACCCCGAAACCGUCUCUACCGACUACGACAUCUGUGACCGACUCUACUUCGAAGAACUCUCUGUGGAAUCGGUUUCUGACAUCUACGAACUCGAACACCCCUCAGGCAUCAUCCUCGCCUUCGGUGGCCAAGCUGGAAACAACAUUGCCAAGACCUUGACUUCAGCUCAACUCAACGUCAGAGUUCAAGUGUUUGGCACGAACCCGAUCCACAUCGACGAAGCCGAAGACAGAUUCAAGUUCAGCAGAGCUCUGGAGCAAACCAACAUCAAGCAACCUCAAUGGCAGAAUGCCACCACGGUAGACGCGGCUAAGAAGUUCUGCACGGAUGUGGGUUACCCCUGUCUGAUCCGCCCAUCGUACGUUCUGAGUGGAGCCGCAAUGAAUGUAGCACACAACGAGACUGAUCUGGUACACUUCUUGAACCAGGCUACGGUUGUGGCUAAGGACAAUCCAGUGGUGGUAUCUAAGUUCAUAUCGGAUUCCAAGGAGAUCGAUGUAGAUGCAGUAGCCAUUGAUGGUUAUGUCAUUGCGAUGGCUAUCUCCGAGCAUGUCGAGAACGCUGGAAUCCAUUCUGGAGAUGCUACACUGGUUACCCCUCCACAAGAUCUGAACGAGCAGACUCAGAAGAGAAUCAGACAGAUCGUGUAUCAGAUCGGAAAGAGAUUCAAGGUUACUGGACCCUUCAACAUGCAGUUGAUUGCCAAGGUUAGUUUUGAUAUCUACUACUAUAUACAAAGAAUAUCGUUUCAAAACCUGUAAUACUGUCUUAAAAACACAUUAAAAUUAAGUCGUUUUGAAACGUUAUAUUAACCAUUAUUACAGAACGACGAGCUAUUCGUGAUCGAGUGUAACCUCCGUGUGUCCCGCUCCUUCCCCUUUGUCUCAAAAACCCUCGACUUUGACUUUGUUGGCCUAGCUACCCGUGCCAUGAUGUACAACGGCACUCAACGAGGAGUUCAGCUCAGAGAAACCACCAAUACCAAGAUACCAUCGAAGAAGGUCGGAGUGAAGGUCCCUCAGUUCUCGUUCUCCCGGUUGGCCGGAGCUGACGUUGUUAUGGGAGUGGAAAUGGUGUCUACAGGAGAAGUAGCGUGCUUCGGAAGAGAUCGGUACGAAGCCUACUUGAAGGGACUUCUUAGUACUGGCUUCGUGGUACCUCAGAAGACCAUCUUCUUGUCGAUUGGCGGAGUCUACGGUAAACAGGAGAUGUUGCCGAGUGUAACUCACCUUCAUCAGAUGGGAUACGAACUUUACGCUUCGAAAGGAACUGCUGAAUUCUACGAAUCCAACGGAAUCAAGGUAAAAUAUCCAUUUUUUUAAUAAAAAGAUAUUAUGGGCGCGGUUGCCAAAAAUGUCUAGCGCGCGGCCAAAGUUAUACGAUUGAAGAUUACUAGUAUAACAUUUUAAAAAUAGUUUGCAUUUUAAUGUUUUCAAAAACGAAUGUUUUCAGAUCAAAGUGGUAGAAUGGCCUUUCGAAGAAGGCGAGGGAAACGCGGCCACAAACACAGACAAGUCUUCUGGGAGUCAACGAACCAUUGCCGACUUCAUGGCCAACAAAGACAUCGAACUCAUGAUUAACCUUCCCAUCAGAGGAAGUGGCGCCUAUAGAAUCUCGGCCUACCGUACAGACGGCUACAAGACCAGAAGAAUGGCGAUUGAUAAUGGAAUUCCGUUGGUUACUGACAUCAAAUGCGCCAAGUUAUACAUCGAAGCGAUCAGAAGAAUGAGCAAGAAACGACCGGUCAUGAACAGUGUGAUCGAUUGUGUGUCGAGCGAUGUGAUCAAACGACUGCCAGGACUUGUUGAUGUACAUGUUCAUGUCAGAGACCCGGGACAAACCCACAAAGAGACUUGGGAAACUUGUACAAGAGCUGCUGUGGCUGGUGGUAUCACCACGAUCUUGGCCAUGCCAAAUAUCCAGCCUCCUCUGGUUGAUGAAGACAGCUUCCAAAAGGUAAAACACUGAUCCAAUAGUUUAUUCAGUGAAUAUUUAACUUUUCAUAGCGAUAAUUUCAAAUUUAUUACCUAAAUUCAAGUAAAAUAUUUUAGGUAGAAGAAGUGGCUUCAAAUUCUGCCCUUUGUGACUAUGGUCUCUACCUCGGUGCUACACCAGAAAAUAAAGAGUGGGAACCAGAAACAGCCAGCCAAUCAGCUGGUCUCAAGAUGUACCUCAACGAGACCUUUGCCACUUUGAAGAUGCCAAACUUUGUCGAUUGGGUUGAGCACAUGAAGUCCUUUCCAAGAGAUCGACCGGUCGUAUGUCACGCUGAAAAACAAACGCUGGCUGCCGUUCUAACUGCAGCUCAAAUCGCUCAACGUGCUGUUCACAUCUGUCAUGUUUCGAACGCUGAAGAGAUCGGAAUCAUCAAAGCAGUGAAGAAGCAAGGAUGGAACGUCACUUGUGAAGUCUGUCCCCACCACCUCUUCCUCACGUUGCCGAAUCUUGGAGAAGGAUGGAGAGAAGUCAGGCCAAGACUGUCCCAAACCCAAAAGGACGUUGACGCUUUGUGGGCCAACCUAGAGUAUAUUGACUGUUUUGCGACUGAUCACGCUCCUCACACUCGAGAAGAGAAAUCAAAGGGUUCUGACGCUCCACCAGGAUUCCCUGGAGUUGAAUACAUGCUACCAUUGUUUCUGACAGCUGUUCACGAAGGCAAAAUGACCAUCGACGAUUUGAUUCUCAGGCUUCACACCAACCCUCACAAGAUCUUCAACAUUCCAGUACAACCAGACACCUAUGUUGAAGUAGAUCUCGAACAUCGGUGGGCCGUUCCUGAGCACGGUGGCCAAUCUAAAGCCAACUGGACUCCGUUUGCUGGUAAAGAAUUGAUUGGCAGAGUAAGAACUGUAGUCAUCAGAGGUGAAACCGUCUACAUCGACGGAAACUUUGUGGCCAAACCUGGAUUCGGACAGAACUACAGACUCACCGCGCCAUCUCAGAAGCCGUCUGGACAGUUGUCUUUGACCGAAGCCGAGAUUGUUCAACUUGGCAGAGAUUCGCGCGACAUUUCUCCAAAUGAAUCCACUCCACGAUCGUUAUCGCCUCACAGAAGCCUGGCUUUGAGGGAGAACAGAUUGUUUGGAAAGUCAUUGUUGAACGUGGAACAGUUGGACAAGUUGACCGUCAAUCAGAUCUGCGAUGUAGCUGCGCGAUUCAGAGACGAAAUGGCAGAAGGAAGAAGGAUUGUCAAGGUAAAAAUAACAAAAGAAUAUUGCUUUAUAUACACAAUAUUUACGGUUUUUAGUAAUUUUUUCGUAUAUUUUUUGCAUAUUGGGUCAAUAAUUUAACCAACAUAUUUCAGUUGCUGGAACGAUGUAUUGUGAUGAACAUGUUCUUCGAAAACUCGACCAGAACCAAGUAUUCUUUCGACGCUGCUACGGAAAGGCUCGGCGCUACUUCAAAGUACUUUGAUGAAGCCAGCUCAUCCACUGCCAAAGGUGAAACUCUUGAAGACACGAUUCAGAUGAUGUCGUCGUACUACGAUCUUCUUGUCAUCAGACAUCCAGAGAAGGAUGCAGUCAGAAGGGCAGCUUUGGCAUCCAAUGUACCAGUCAUCAACGCUGGAGACGGCACUGGAGAACAUCCAACUCAAGCCUUGUUGGACGUGUUUACCAUCAGAGACGAAUUGUCAUCAGUCAACGGUCUUACCAUCGCUUUGGUCGGAGAUCUCAAGAACGGCAGAACGGUGCAUUCACUGGCUAAACUGUUGUGUUUGUACAAGGACAUCACCCUGCAUUACGUUAGUCCAAACAAAGACCUCGGGAUGCCGGAAGACAUUAAACGUUUCGUGUCAGAGAGGAGCACAUUUGUUCAGAAGGAAUUCACCGAUUUACAAGAAGGAAUUGACGGUGUAGAUCUUAUCUACAUGACCAGAAUCCAGAAGGAACGCUUCUCGUCGGUCGACGAGUACAACAAGGUCAAAGGAAGCUUCAUCUUGACCCCAAAGGUCCUGAACGCAGCUUCAAAGUCAGAUAACACCUUGGAGGUGUCUACUUUGGGUAGGUCUUAUUACUUUAUGAUGUAUAUACUGAAACUUCGCACAAUAUUUUUGAUAAAAAUAGUUUUUUUUACUAAUAUAAUCAAUUUCAGUAUCUCACCGCCAACGGCCAGUUGUCAUGCACCCACUGCCGAGAGUCGACGAAAUCAGCAAGGAAUUGGAUACCGACAACAGAUCCGCCUACUUCAGACAGGCCAAGAACGGCGUCUAUGUCCGUAUGGCCAUCGUAUCUUUGAUCUUAGGCGCUGACGAACACCAGGAGUGA